AUGGCAAAGCAGCUCGCUAUACUGGGAUCGGUUUUGGAGCCUGAAGGGACAGUAGAAAUCAAAUUCCGCAAAAAGGAUCUAGUGAAAACCAUGCGUCGGGUGGACCCCGUCUACAUCCACUUGGCUGAGCGAUUGGGCACCCCAGAGUUAAGUGCAGCUGAGCGGAAGGAGCUGGAGAACAAGUUGAAGGAGCGGGAGGAAUUCCUAACUCCUAUUUACCAUCAGGUAGCCGUGCAGUUUGCUGACUUGCACGACACCCCAGGCCGGAUGCAAGAGAAGGGUGUUAUUAACGACAUCCUGGAUUGGAAAACAUCCCGUACCUUCUUCUACUGGCGGUUGAGGCGUCUUCUCCUAGAAGACCUAGUAAAGAAGAAAAUACAUAAUGCCAACCCUGAGCUGACUGACGGCCAGAUCCAGGCCAUGCUAAGGCGCUGGUUUGUGGAAGUGGAAGGAACAGUGAAGGCCUACGUCUGGGACAAUAACAAGGAUCUGGUGGAGUGGCUGGAGAAACAGCUGACAGAGGAAGAUGGUGUCCGCUCGGUAAUAGAGGAAAACAUCAAAUACAUCAGCAGAGACUAUGUCCUUAAGCAGAUCCGCAGCUUGGUUCAGGCCAAUCCAGAGGUUGCCAUGGAUUCCAUCGUCCAUAUGACCCAGCACAUCUCACCCACUCAGCGAGCAGAAGUCGUACGGAUCCUCUCCACUAUGGACUCCCCUUCUACGUAGGCAGAGCUUCCAGCCCUGCCCCGGACAAAGGGCUAGAGCUGCCUUUUAUGACGGAAACCACUGUAAUAAGAAGGCACCAGACACCCAGCACUGGAAUCAAAGUGGCAUUAUGGCUUCCCCUCAAAUAUUUUCAGGUUUUGCAUGACAUACAGAGUCACACAGUCCCUCCUCUAGCCCAUCGGUCACGCCUAUCUGGUUCAUUAUUUAUUACCCUGGCUGUGACCACAACCCUCUCCCUGCACAGAACCUGAGAAGACAAUGAAAGGUACAGACAUGUGCCAUGAGGUCUUGCUACAGGCUGCCCCCUGGCUCCAGCCCAAGUGAGAUGAGUGUUGUCAGCAGCCCUGUCACACCAGCUUCAUGAGCCUGCAGCCACAGGCCCAGACAGAGGAACAAGCCUGGGUUCAUUGCUUCUUAACCCCUACAUUCAGCCCAGAACACAGUAAGCACUAGAGAAUCAGUCCCAGUUUAAUCACACCAACGUUCCCGGGUAUGAAGAAAAUUAGAGCAUAUAACUGUAAUCUCUGUGGGAACUUAAAUGAUGGGGGACAAAACCAUGAUCCAGAAAGCUAGACCAAGUCACUAGUUGACCUAGGGUUCUUCAGUCUUGGAUUAGAUUCUCUUAUAACAAAUGGAAAGAGCUGUCCCUGCCCUGAACAUCACUGCUUAACUAGUGUCUUAACUCCUAGUGGGAGCCCCUGGUGUCACAGCCAGGGCCAGGGGAAUUACCUUUCUAGUGCCUGAUGGGAGCUAGUUCCUCAGAACAAAGGGAGAGUGUGCCAUAUAGUCUUUUUAGGGAGUGGAAGGUUGUUUCUGUUCAAGUUCUGUGGAGCCUAGAACGCUGAUGGUCCCAGAGGCCUACAGAGUCACUCCCCUCUAUUCCCAGGACAGCUCUCCCAAGCAGCCCACCACCUUGUUCCCCUUGGGUCUUGCUGCUUCUGGAACGUACACAGACAACACAGUGCGGCAGGCCUCCUGGAAGUUUGUGAGAGGGAUCCCUGGUGACAUCUGUGCUUUUGGGUCCAGAAAGUGACUUUCCCUUGUGCAGGGAGGCUUCUAGGGACACAGAAUCCGAAUGACCUUAAUUAUUCACAACCUGUCAAGGUGCUGCUGUCUUCCAGGCUCACUGGUCCCUCCCUGACUUAUAGCAGGGACCUCGGAGAGUUUAUUUUCAACGACCAGUUUGAGGAAAGAACCUACUGCCUCCCCCCACUCCUAAAGCAGGAGUGGCAAGUAGUCAAGGCGUCGAGGCUGGGGGAGCGUCUGCUUCCUACAGUGCAGCUCAUAGCAUUUGGCAUCAAAGACCAAGGAAAUCACUACGAUACUUAAGAGGCUGUGGUAUGAACACAUGCACGAGCUUUAGUUCGGAUCCAUAACCCUCUAGUUCACAUACAAGGAAGUGCUCUACCUCCCCAUCUCCAGAAGCUGUAUGUACAGAUGGGUUGGUGGGACCCUGGCAGCUCUAGAUUUCAGGGGGGGCCACUGUGCGGCUAGAUAUGUCAAGGACUGGUUGACCCCAAGAGCCUCAGUUCUGCUGCCUUAGUGCAGGCUCAGGUGCUAAGUCACCAUCAGAAAAGGGUGGAAAUGGGAACAGUUUUCAGUCCAGGAAAUAAGCUGCCUUUGCUGGUAUCUGCUUACCUUUUAAAAAUGAGCCUCAUCUCUGACCAGAUUAUGCCUCUAAAAUUUGGGUUCAACUACUAAGAUUCUGAAUACCUACAGGUGUUAGGAUGUCCCCCAUCUCCCAUUUGGCCCAUCCUGUGCUGGCCCUGGUUCUUCUUCAGAGGCAGGGUGGGUUAUACUUUUUACCUCUUCUUCUUCCAAGUUAAGCCAUGCUUGGUGAAUACAUCUCUAGAGCCCUGUAACGCCACCCCUACUCCCCUUUCUGGAGUGCCUCACUAACCCUGGGCAGGGAUUUUUCCCAUGCAGAAGUCGGGAAGAACCACCAAACUCGAGCAAUCUACUGUCCCCACCGCCCAUUCCACAUGCAAGGCCUCUGAGGCAGGAGUAUCAGUGACGUAUCGACCAAGACUUGCUUGAGCUGGGAUUGCCACACAAUGUUCACUUUGUUCACAGCGCAGCCUUCACUUCUCUCACUGAGAGCUUGAUGGACACGUACCCUGAUGAGCAAGGAGCUUCAGUCAAAUGUAUUCUUUUCACACUUUGUUGAAAUAAAUCUCCACAUUUGUAGAAGA